AUGGCUGUCCGAUCGGCAUUUGAUCCCAAGGAUAUGGUCUUCCGUCAUCUUGGUCCAUCCGGUCUCAAGGUCUCGGUCUUCGCCUUGGGUGGCUGGCUCACCUACGGUGGCACGCAGAAGGGCAAUAUCGUCAAAGAGUGCUUACAAACUGCUUGGGACCACGGUAUCAAUUUCUUCGACACUGCAGAGGUUUACGCCAAUGGACAGUCUGAGAUUGAAAUGGGCAACGCACUCAAAGAACUUGACUGGCCCCGAGACGAAUACGUGCUCUCCACCAAGGUCUUCUUUGGGACGGGCCGAAAAGAACCCAACACUCGUGGCCUCUCUCGCAAGCACGUUGUAGAGGGGCUGAAGAGCUGUUUGGAGCGUCUCCAGCAACCCUAUGUGGACAUUGUGUUCGCCCACCGACCCGACUACGCUACGCCGAUGAAGGAGAUCGUGGAGGGCUUUACCCAAGUCAUCCGCAAUCUCAAUUUGGCGUACUAUUGGGGCACCUCGGAGUGGUCUGCCGCCCAGAUCACCGAAGCAACCCUCAUUGCCGAGAAGUACAAUCUAAUUGCUCCAAUCGCCGAGCAACCGCAAUACAACGCAUUCCAUCGCGACCGCUUUGAGGUGGAGUAUGCCCCGUUAUACAAAGAAUACAAGUACGGAACCACGAUCUGGUCACCUUUGGCUUCAGGCCUCUUGACCGGAAAGUACAACGACGGCAUUCCUGAGGGUUCGCGGUUAGCCAACCACAAGGAUUUCUUCGGCAGCACCAUCGAAGCUCUACAAAAGCCCGAAGGCAAAGCCAAGAUCGAGAAGGUUAGAAAGUUGACGAAGAUUGCAGAACGCUUGGGUGGCAACAUGUCACAGCUGGCUUUGGCCUGGGCCGCAAAGAACCCGAAUGUCAGUACCGUCAUCCUGGGUGCUACCAAAGUCGAGCAGAUCGUCGAUAACUGCAAAGCCCUCAAAAUCCUUGAACAGCUCGACGACAAGACCAUGCAGGAGAUUGAGGAAAUUCUGGAAAACAAGCCUGCUGCUCCGGCCACUUUCGGAAGAGAUAGGUAG